AUGAGUUCUGAGGUACCAGAGUCAUCCGAGGACGUUGGCGACGUCACCAACGGCCUGCACAGCAUCACUAUCAACGAUAAAAGCGACAAGACAUGGUAUGAAAGAUGGUAUGAAGAAGAGAGUGAUGAACCGCGGACGCCGCUUGCGUCAGCUGCCAAAGCUGGCAAUGUUGAUUUGGUCGCAAAGCUCUUGGCUGAGGCGGACGUCGAUGUCGACGUUCGCGACUACAUUGGCUGUACGCCGUUAGCGCUCGCCGCGAUGAACGGCCACGCAGCUGUGGUAGCGCAGCUGCUCGCCGCCGGUGCCAACCCCAAUCUGCGUGACUUGAAUUACGUUGCGCCGUUAUGGCACGCGGCCUUGUUCGGCCAUGUCGCCGUUGUGCGGCAGCUGUUGACGUGCGGGCGCCUGUUGGACGUGAACCCGCGACCUCUUCUUUUCUUCGAGCACGAUACCGAGACACCCCUCGCCGUCGCCCUGAAGAAGGGCCACCGGGACACAGCCGAGUUGCUGGCGAGCGCAAACGGCAUUGAUCCUUCCGCGAAAACGAAAAGUGGCUGCGACGGCGACGACGAAGUCAGGCUGGUCAGUAUCCUGGAACUGGCCGUUCAAGCCGGGUACGAAGACAUCGCCCUAGCUCUACUCAACAAAUGCCAUGCGAUGAAUAUCUCUGCCGGCCUAGAGUCUGGUGAGGGCAACUUUGAUGAGGAAGGCGCUAAGAAUGCCACUAGAAACGCCGUCAAGCUGGCUUCGAAGCUGCUGGUCGCGGCCGCAGACGCUGGAUGCUAUAGGAUUUCCCAAGAACUCCUGACCAAGCACGGCGCCGACGUCAACUUGAUCUGUCGAUAUUGCAGCAUGCAAGACAAUACAUAUCACGAACAGAGCCCGCUCAUGGCCGCGUCCAGCCGGGGGCACAAACGGAUCGUCCGGUUAUUACUGGAUGCCGAAGGGAUCCAACCUGACCUCUGCUCGGAUUACGGCUCCACGGCACUCAUCCAGGUUGCGAAGAAAGGGCUCCUUGAUGUAAUGAAGAUGCUCCUAGCCGACGCUAGAGUAAAUGCUGACCAACGAGAUAAAUAUGGGCGCACUGCUCUCUCAUACGCAGCUGAGCAUGCUCGGGAAGCCCUUGUGGCCGAGCUAUUAGCUAACGAAAACGUUGAACCAGACAGCACAGAUUCCCAGGCACGAACGCCACUCAUGUGGGCCUUAUCCCCAGAGUCAUCGACCCUACAUGGUACAAGUUGGCGGCCGGAUAAGGCACGCCAGGCCGUGGUUCGCAGACUGCUCGCUAGCAGACGGGUCAACCCUAAUUCCAGGGACGAUUCGGGAUAUACGCCUCUGAUCUACGCAGUCAAGUGUGGAAGUGUAGACCUCGUUUCGGCCAUCUUAGAACACCCUCAGACGGACAAGAAGGCUGGACGCAUGAACACUGCACUGGCAAUAGCAGCCGACAGGGGCCAAGCGGAUAUGGUACAGGUGCUGUUGGACAAGGGGCAGGUUGACGUCAAUGCAACCCACGAUAAUUAUCCCCAAGGAACGCCGCUGACGCUUGCGGCUGGAUGGGGGUCCAGAAGUAAUACGGUUCGCACACUACUCUCCGCUCCGGGAAUCGAUCCGAACGGCAAAAACCAAUACGGAAACACUCCAUUGCACGGAGCUGCCUCGGUCGGAAAUGUGGAAAUAGCCAAGCAACUUCUAGCGGCUGCAGGCAUCGACCCAAAUAUCCAGAACCAGCAGGGCCGUACAGCACUACACAACGCGACUCUCUCGUGGUCCUCCGUCGCGGAAUCAGCAGAAGUGAUGAAGGCGUUGCUGAAGGCCCCGAACAUCAAUGCUGAUCUUGCCGACAAGAUGGGACGGACACCGCUCUCUAUCGUGGCACAGGCUGGCAAAGUCGAGUUGCUAGACAUUCUACUCACAGCAAACGGCGUCGAUCCGGAUUCACGGGAUGAGGCUGGACGAAGCCCGCUGUCGUGGGUACUCGAGUUUGAUAGGUAUGACGAAAAUUUCGAGAUUGAACACCGCAAAGAAGCUGUGAGGCAUUUACUUCGUAUUGCGGCCGUCGACCCCAACGCGGAGGAUGCCGAGGGCCUGACUCCGUUGCUUCGGGCGAUCCAGUGUUAUCGCGGUAGCGAAUUUGUUAGACUGCUGACGAAACGGGCAGACCUAGACGUGAAUAAACGAGGGCCAGACGGCCUCACGCCCCUGGCCCUCGCAAAAGAGAAAGGCGAUACCGUCACUAUAGCACUUUUACGUGCAUGUGGGGCCAUAGCGCCAGACGAGGACCCUUUGACGAUCGGCAUCAUCUUGCCGGACGACCCUGCGCUAUCCGAAAGCAGCGACUACACAGGAAGACAUUCGAUGGAUGAAUCAACUGCGGCAGAACACCGGCCCGGCGUUAGACUCUCAAAUCGUCUACAUGAUAAGAAACGAAAAGAGCUCGCCAGAGAGUACCAACUAUUUUUGGGAGAACAGCAGCAGUACAUCGGUGAAUUGGCAACAGAAAACACGGCAAGCUUAUGUCCAGUAUGCUCGACGAUUGACCUAGACGCCGUCUUUCGGAGUCGUCACACAGAGUACAACGGACGCACUGUCGCCUACUUGGGUAGGAUCGAUGACACCUGGGAGGAGAGGGCAUGUCCUCUGUGUCGUCUAAUUGCUGCAGUGCGUCCGCGGUCUGGCACCGACCUAGACUGCGUAUUGGUGAGCUUUUCAACCACACAGUCCUGGCUCUGCCAUGACGAGCUGAUGCUCUGGGAUCUCUUUGAGUUUAAUGAUACUUGGGUCGAUACCAUGGCGCUCGGUGUUAUUGACCUCUCAGAUUGGGGAAUUACGGCCUUGUCGGGAGGUGUUAACAACGUCUUUUCCGCGGGAUUUAUCAGCCGCCUUGGGUCUAACUGCCCGGACGGAGAAAAGGCCGUGUCCGUCCCGCGGUUGGCUGCUGAUGGGAGCGACCUGAGAAUGAGCACAGCUAGGGACUGGAUUAAGUGCUGUCGCCUCCACCACGGGAAGGGGUGUAAUCCGCCGAGACUAGCCUCAGUACCGCAUUUUCGCCUCGUCGAGUGUACAACACGGCGCAUUGUGGAACAGGACCCUGAGGUGGGUGCUCCGCCGCCGUAUGUGGCUCUGAGCUACGUCUGGGGCCAGCCGCCACGAUGGCAGCAGCAAAGCCUCGAUGACACUGUGGAGCCCGUCAUCGAAGACGCCAUCCGUGUGACACUUGAGCUUGGCUAUGAGUACCUAUGGGUUGACCGAUACUGCAUUGUGCAGACAGGCAACGAGGCUAUCAAGAACACACAGAUGCGGAACAUGCACAACGUAUUUUCCAACGCAGAUGUCACUCUAGUGGCGGCAGCCGGCAAGGACGCUUCGACAGGCCUACUUGGCGCACCCGGGCGUCCACGGCCUUUCCAGCAGCCUAGCGCGCUCGUCCAAGGUCAUGCACUCGUGUGCGUACCCCCAGACCCCUCCCUCCAUAUCCGCUCGGCCUCAACCUGGAGCACGCGGGGGUGGACAUACCAAGAAGGGCUCCUCGCACGCCGCCGCCUCUACUUCUCAGAGUUUGAGAUGUCUUAUGAGUGCCGGAAUAUGCUCGUCCGCGAAACAAUUCGCUUGCCAGCUUCCAAAGAAAAAUAUAUGACUAAUUAUGGGCAUAAGCCGCGCCUCAUGGAACCCUUUUGGCUGUACCAGCCCUUUAGACGAGUAGGGUUGAAGCCGGGCAGCGACACUAGUGACUUUUUUGAUCUCUUACAGGAGUAUUCAGGGCGACAGCUGUCCUUGCCGUCAGACACCCUUAAUGCUAUGCUUGGCAUUCUCCAGCUGCUCGCGGAGCCCGAUGAAGACGAACCCUUGUACCACGUGUGUGGCGUACCGAUCCUGCAUGUCACUAUCCAUAAAGUCGACCGUUCCAUUUUGGGCAUCAGCGUCGCGAACGCCGACGAAGUCGCCCUAGACGGCUUCAUCAACGGGCUCUGCUGGACUCUUGAAAGACCCGCCCGCCGCCGGCCGGACUUCCCGAGCUGGUCGUGGACGGGAUGGCAGGGUGUUGUCAGUCGUAUGUCGUGGACUCCUGGCGUCCAUAAAGCUUAUGGGCUUGAUCUGGACGUAUCUAUUGGCCCCCGUGACCAAGACGGGCCUCUCGUUCCAUGGAACCGGUACUACGAGCAGCUGCGUACGGCCGACGAGAGCAGCAAAGACCUUUGGACCGGCCAGUCCCACAUCCUCGAGAUCACGGCCAGUGCAGUAACAGUUCGGUUCCGGAGGCAGGGAAGUUCAGGUGCCAUCCUGAAAGGCACAGUAUGCGUUGGCGAUUACGUGUGGCAGGGCGAUUUUUCGCCGAAUCGGAAGGAAGACGACAACAGCCCCGGCGAUAACGGCUAUGACUCCAAUGACAACGACACUUUCUCUCCACAUGCGGCGCUGCUGCAAAAGCCGUGGACAGGAAUCGUUCUAGGAAGGUCGUACCCGAUAAGUCACAUGGGGAGAAUUCAGACGCAGCCGGAGGUGUUCUGGCUCAACAGGAAGAGUCGCCCAAAAGAUUCGAGACAAGUGCGGGCAAGAAAGAAGCGUAAUGACGAAACCGGCGAACGCGGUGACGCUCAGCAGGACCGCGAGGAGCUCCCAACUCUGCCCUGUGUCUAG